UGCAGCAGGCCUGAGACUGCUGUCGGUAGAAAGGCUAGCUUGCAAGGCUGGGCCAUGGCUGGCACCCGGAAACUGGAAUUUCAGGAUGGUUUCCACCGUUCCUUGAUAACAGUGGUUCACUGAGCCUAAAUUGUUCGUCCCAACAACGUGGGUAACGCUGAGCACCCACUCUCCUCCAGGGGUCUGGCAUCUCGAAAUACUACCCUCCCGACUUUGACCCGUCAAAAAUCCCAAAGCUCAAGCUCCCCAAAGACCGGCAGUACGUGGUACGGUUGAUGGCCCCCUUCAACAUGAGGUGUAAGACGUGUGGAGAGUACAUCUACAAGGGCAAGAAGUUCAAUGCACGCAAAGAGACCGUGCAGAACGAGGCCUACCUGGGGCUGCCCAUCUUCCGCUUCUACAUCAAGUGCACACGCUGCCUGGCAGAAAUCACCUUCAAGACAGACCCUGAAAACACAGACUACACCAUGGAGCACGGAGCCACGCGGAACUUCCAGGCCGAGAAGCUCCUGGAGGAGGAGGAGAAGAGGGUGCAGAAGGAGCGGGAGGACGAGGAGCUCAACAACCCCAUGAAGGUGCUGGAGAACCGAACCAAGGACUCCAAGCUGGAGAUGGAGGUUCUGGAGAACCUGCAGGAGCUCAAGGACCUGAACCAGCGGCAGGCGCACGUGGACUUUGAGGCCAUGCUGCGCCAGCAUCGCCUGUCCGAGGAGGAGCGGCAGAAGCAGGCGCAGGACGAGGACGAGAGGGAGACGGCGGCCUUGGUGGAGGAAGCCAGGAAACGGAGACUGCUGGAGGACUCUGACUCGGAGGAGGAUGCUGCCGCCACCCUGCCCCAGCCGGCCUCCCGGCCUGGCCCCACUGCCAUCCUGGACGAGUUUCUCUCUGAGCUGGACCGUGUCCCUGUCACCACUCUGCGAGCAGUGGACUGGAGGAGAAAGGCAUUCCGGUGGAGGAAUGACAUGGCAGGAGGUGUGGAGGCCCCAAAAGCCAAGAGAAAGGUGGAGAGCUGGGAGCGGAGUGUCGGCACCCUUGGCGGCAGGCCCGUGCUGUCAGGCCUGGUUGUAGUGAAGAAAACAGAGCCCGGUAGCAGCAGCCAGCAGGGCCAGGAGGCACCCACCGCCGGCGCCGUGAAGAACGGGAAGGUGGCUGACCCCGCAGCCCGGACGCCCAAUACCUCCUCCCUGAGCCAGCUGGGCGCGUAUUCGGACAGUGAGGACAGCAGCUGAGACCCCCUGCCCAGCCCUUCCUCGGAGAAGGGUCACACGUCCAGCCCUAGCUGGUGGUCGGUCGGGGCAGGGAGCCUGGGCACCCGCCAGUCGCGAGCUGACCUGUGUAAACAUACCCCAAGGCCUGCGGGGCCAGCGAGGGCUUCAGCGAGGGACUUGGUCUCUCCUGUCCCCCAGCCCCCCAGCCCUCAGGGGCCUGGGGCCCCCAGCUCACAGUGCUGCCUCACGUCACUCAGCUCAGGGCUGUGACGUCCCAGAGCAGCCUCCGGCCCUCUCUUGGACAGUCUCUGCAGACCACAGCUGUGUUUUAGGCAUGUGGGUGGUGGUAUGUGGGUGACCCACCCACCCCCAAGUUGCUCCAUUCCGUCCUACCACACAACCAUCUGGAGCUGGCCACCUUCUGUCUGCUGGUGUCUAAGGAGGGGGCCACGGAACCAUGCAGCUUAGCCAACCCUGGAUUCCAGGCUCAGAAACUAUAAGAUAAUAAAUGUGUGUUGUUUAGUGUUAA